AUGUCUGGUGGGAAGGGCCAGCCAGACGGUGACGGCAUCGCAAAGACUGAGGUUAGUGCCGCGCUGGAGGCGGCCCUGAGGAGCGGGGACGAGGAGGGCGUCGCCAAGACCGAGGUUGGUGCCGCGCUGGAGGCGGCCCUGAGGAGUCGGGACGGCGACGGCGUCGCAAAGACCGAGGUUGGUGCCGCGCUGGAGGCGGCCCUGGGGAGCGGGGACGAGGACGGCGUCGCCAAGACCGAGGUUGGUGCCGCGCUGGAGGCGGCCCUGAGGAGUCGGGACGAGGAUGGCGCGUACACGAGCACCAAGCCUGCCGCGGCUAAGGCCAAGCCGCGAGGUCUGCAGACACCGUCGGCCCUGGGCGCGGCUAGGGCCUCGAAGCCUCAGAGUGCCGCGGCGAGGCAGCAUGUUGCGACUCAGCUGCAGGCCUCCCGACCGGGCUCGGACGAGGACGGCGUCGCCAAGACCGAGGUUGGUGCCGCGCUGGAGGCGGCUCUGAGGAGCUGGGACGAAGACGGCGUCGCCAAGACCGAAGUUGGUGCCGCGCUGGAGGCGGCCCUGAGGAGUCGGGAUGAGGACGGAGUGGACGCGAGCACCAAGCCUGCCGCGGCUAAGGCCAAGCCGCGAGGUCUGCAGACACCGUCGGCCCCAAGGGCGGCUAGGACCUCGCCGCCGCCCAAGGGUGCCGCGGCGAGGCAGCAUGCUGCGACUAAGCUGCAGGCCUCCCGACCGGGCUCGGACGAGGACGGCGUCGCCAAGACCGAGGUUGGUGCCGCGCUGGAGGCGGCUCUGAGGAGCGGGGACGAGGACGGCGUGGACGCGAGCACCAAGCCUGCCGCGGCUAAGGCCCCGCGAGGUCUGCAGACACCGUCGGCCCCAAGGGCGGCUAGGACCUCGUCGCCGCCCAAGGGUGCCGCGGCGAGGCAGCAUGCUGCGACUAAGCUGCAGGCCUCCCGACCGGGCUCGGACGAGGACGGCGUCGCCAAGACCGAUGUUGGUGCCGCGCUGGAGGCGGCUCUGAGGAGCGGGGACGAGGACGGCGUCGCCAAGACCGAGGUUGGUGCCGCGCUGGAGGCGGCUCUGAGGAGCGGGGACGAGGACGGCGUGGAUGCGAGCACCAAGCCUGCCGCGGCUAAGGCCAAGCCGCGAGGUCUGCAGACACCGUCGGCCCCAAGGGCGGCUAGGACCUCGCCGCCGCCCAAGGGUGCCGCGGCGAGGCAGCAUGCUGCGACUAAGCUGCAGGCCUCCCGACCGGGCUCGGACGAGGACGGCGUCGCCAAGACCGAGGUUGGUGCCGCGCUGGAGGCGGCUCUGAGGAGCGGGGACGAGGACGGCGUCGCCAAGACCGAGGUUGGUGCCGCGCUGGAGGCGGCCCUGAGGAGUCGGGAUGAGGACGGCGUGGACGCGAGCACCAAGCCUGCCGCGGCUAAGGCCAAGCCGCGAGGUCUGCAGACACUGUCAGCCCCAAGGGCGGCUAGGACCUCGCCGCCGCCCAAGGGUGCCGCGGCGAGGCAGCAUGCUGCGACUAAGCUGCAGGCCUCCCGACCGGGCUCGGACGAGGACGGCGUCGCCAAGACCGAGGUUGGUGCCGCGCUGGAGGCGGCUCUGAGGAGCGGGGACGAGGACGGCGUCGCCAAGACCGAGGUUGGUGCCGCGCUGGAGGCGGCCCUGAGGAGUCGGGAUGAGGACGGCGUGGACGCGAGCACCAAGCCUGCCGCGGCUAAGGCCAAGCCGCGAGGUCUGCAGACACCGUCAGCCCCAAGGGCGGCUAGGACCUCGCCGCCGCCCAAGGGUGCCGCGGCGAGGCAGCAUGCUGCGACUAAGCCGCAGGCCUCCCGACCGGGCUCGGUCGUGCGGAGCGGGGUGUCUGAUCCGAACAGCCAGCGGGGCGAGGACGGCGCGGACGCGAGCACCAA